CUGGCCUGCCUGCAGAGGACCCAGAACGCCCCCGGCCAACACCUGGCCUGCCCGACCAAGAGCCUGGAGCUGCGCAAGUUUUUUCAUAGCACGGAUGAUCCAUAAUUUAUUUGACCAGUCCCCUAAGAAGAACCAUACCCAACCUGUUGCCAUUACAAGCAAUGCAGCAACAAACUCUGUCACUGUGUAUGUGUCACAAAGGUGUGAAUAAAACUACAGCAUAAAUUUCUACAAGAAGAAAUACCGGGUCGAAGGCGAGACGGUGGCCAGCUCCAUGCAUUCCUCCCGCUACCCGAGCCCGGCCGAGCUGGACGCCUACGCCGAGAAGGUGGCCAACAGCCCGCUCUCCAUCAAGAUCUUCCCCACCAACAUCCGCGUGCCCCAGCACAAGCACCUCAGCCGCACCGUCAACGGCUAUGACACCAGUGGCCAGCGCUACAGCCCCUACCCGCCGCAUACGGCCGGCUACCAGGGCCUGCUCGCCGUCGUCAAGGCCGCUGUCUCCUCCUCCGGCGUGGCUGCGACCCCCGGGCUCACCAAAAGCGUGCUCAAGAGCGCCGAGGGCAAGCGGACCAAGCUGUCGCCGGCCGCCGUGCAGGUGGGCAUCGCGCCCUACCCGGCGCCCAGCACUCUGGGGCCCCUGGCCUACCCCAAGCCGCCUGAGGCGCCCGCCCCGCCACCCGGCCUGCCCGCGGCCGCGGCCACCGCCGCCUCCGUCAUCCCCCUGCCCGGCCGCGGCCUGCCCCUGCCGCCUUCCAACCUGCCCUCCAUCCACAGCAUCCUCUACCAGCUCAACCAGCAGUGCCAGGCCCCAGGCGCUGCGCCCGCCGCCUGCCAGGCCGUGGCCGUUCCCCACCCCAGCCCAGCCCAGCACGGCCCGGUGCCCAGCUUCCCCAGCCUGGCCUACCCGGCCACCGCCGGCCCGCCCGACUGCCGGAAGGGCGCCGAGCUGGGCCAGGGAAGCGCGCCGGCCUUGACGUUGGCUGGGGCCACCAAGCCCACAGGGUACGCAGACGGGGGCCUGGAUUACCUGCUGUGGCCGCAGAAGCCGCCGCCGCCGCCCCCGCCCCAGCCACUGCGGGCCUACAGCGGUGGCACGGUGGCCAGCAAGUCCCCCGAGGCCUGUGGGGGGCGGGUAUACGAGCGGGCCGGCGGGUCGCCCGUCAACUGCGGCGUGGGGCUGCCCACCAGCUUCACCGUGGGCCAGUACUUCGCCGCCCCCUGGAACAGCGUGCUGGUGACCCCCACCAGCGACUGCUACAAUCCGGCAGCCGCAGCAGUGGCCGUGACCGAGCUGGGGCCGGGGGUGGCCCGGGAGCUGGCGGGACCCCCGGCGGAGACCCUCUCAGGCCUGCCCAGCAAGAGCAUGUGCAACACGGCCGUGCUGAGCAGCAGCCUGCAGUCACUGGAGUAUCUCAUCAACGACAUCCGGCCCCCGUGCAUCAAGGAGCAGAUGCUGGGCAAGGGCUACGAGACGGUGGCUGUGCCCCGGCUGCUCGACCACCAGCACGCCCACAUCCGCUUGCCCGUCUACAGAUAAGGCCUGCCUGGCAGACGCACAGACGGACAGGGCGCCCGGGGGGGAGGCAGGCCGCAGAACAGGGUGGGCAGCACUCGGGCUGGGGGCGCUAGCCCCAUCCUGUGUCCGAGUGCCCACUGAUGCCCACAGGGAAGCCAGGCCGGCUGCUGCCGGCUGCUGCUGACAGGGAGUGGCAAGGUGACCUCACUCGCCAAGGCCCCUCCCCACCAUCAGCUGCCCCAGGACACGCGGAGGGCCUGGGGGCAGCUGCCGACAUCCACGCCUUCCUCCAUCCAAGCUGGCAGAGGCAGGGAGAGAGAGACCACUUAAAACAGGAGCAGUUCUUUCCAGCUCUCUGGGAGAGGGGGUCAGACCACAGUGGGAUGCAGAAGGAAAUGUUAGGGUCUAGAGUCGGGGUGGGAUCAGAGCGGCCCCCGGGGCUUAGACAGCUCCUCCCUCCACGAGCUGUCCCCAGUCUCCUGGAAAAAGAGCAGAGGGGACCUAGAGGAAGUCAUCGAGCCCACAGCGCCCUCACUGCCCUCUCCAGGUGAAGACCACUCGAAUACAGGCUCUGGGGACUACAGGUCCCCCUGCUUCUCCUCUUCUAGACCCUCUUCCCCUCCCCACCAUUCCUUCCCAACACAGGAUCCCAUCUCCAUUCUCCAAACCCUAGACUACCACCUUCUCCCUUCCCUUCAGUACAUCUUACAGGGCUUCUGGGCACAGUUGUGCAGGCUGUGUACUGCACAAGGCAACUCAUCUGAGGAGACACCAUUUGCAUUCUAGACUUGUAUAUUUAUUACAGCAAUUUUCUGAAUCUUGAGGAAGGGGCACCAUUUACCUAUGUGCACAAAGGCGCCAUAGGGGCUAACAAUGUCAGAGGGACCAGACCCCGCGUCCUUCAGGGGUUCUCCUAGGAGCCAGUUCCGGGGGGCAACCUGCUGGUUUUAAUUGGGAGACCCAAUCCAACUCUUUUCCUGCAAGCCACCCUCCAAGGCCUGCCCCACACCAUUCCGGGGGAUAAGGCAGGCAGGGGGUCCCCCCCCAUUAAGUCUCCAAGGCCCGAUUUCCCCAAGUCCUGGCCCCUCUGGCACUCCGGAAGCGGUACUGUAUCUCUCUCCAAGGCCUGUUCAAGCACUAAGUGCAUUUACAAAUCUCUGAGAAUGUUUUUUUUUUAUACUAAAAUUGACCAUUAUAUUCUACUGUGAGAAGUGCGGUCUGCACUAUAUUGUUUUAAAAACGAAGAGAAAGAAAAAAAAAAAAAAGGAAAACACAGAUGGUGUCUCAGCUGUGGGAUGUUUUGUAGCUCUUGUUUUUGUUCGUUCUUCCUUCCUCCCCUUAGGAGUAAAACGGGCUGUCUCCUCCCCUGCUGACUGGGCUUGGAGCCCUCAGAAGCAGGCCAGGAGCCUCCUGGCCCCUCCUCUGCUGGGCCACUUUGUAUGCA